AUGUCCGACUUCACCACGUUAUUGAGCGGGCUCUGGUUUCAGGGUGUGACGCCGCACCAAUACCGGUGGGAGAUGCGGCGCGACUUGUGCGCACACGCGACCGGAGAUCUCAUUCAGCAGUUGGAAGCGCUGGGGAUCGAAAUUCCCCCGCAGGACGCAGGCCGGGAAACCGAGGGGGGGGCAGUGGUGCGGGAGAGGAACGCUGGUAUGGAAGAUGUGAGGCAAGCACCGGUCACUCAAGCCGGGGAUGACGCACGGUUAACGGCGAUGAUGAGGGAAAUGGCGACUUUGAAGAACGAUGUGAUGUACCUGGGCGCGAGCUUCACCGUCAUAGCCAGUUUUGUGGGAUUGAGGCGCGACGAGGUGGUGUCCGCUGCAACCCAACUACUGAUGCAAGGCAACCCCGUGAGAUCCGGCGCGAAAGCAGAGGCAGGUGGCACCAAGAAUGCCCCACACACUCCACAGCGUCCAUCCGGUCGCAAGAGGCGUGAUGACAGCAGUCCAGAGGAGGAUGGCGGAGAUACGAGCGGCCACGAGACGGUGAAGGCAGAAGAAGAAGAGGAUCUCGUGUCAGACACAGAGGACGAAGAGGAUGGUGACGACACGUGUGCAACGAAGUACACAGGAGUCAAGUUGGAGAAAGCAUCAGGCAAGUUCGGCGUGAAGAUCCUGAUCAAGGAAGGAGGAAAGCGUAAGCAACAGCGGCUGGGUGCAUACACCUCGGAGGAGGAGGCGGCGUUUGCGUACGCCGCAGGUGCGUUCGUCCUGAGGCCACGAGACAAGAUACCCAACACGGUCAGUCUGUCAGCCGCAGAGAAGGCGAUGCUGCGUGGAUGCACCAAGGAAGAUCUGCAGCUCCUGGUGGAAGCGCGGAGGUGGUGGAGGUGGCGGAGCUGGAGGGAGGCGCGGGAGGGCGUGAACUGGAAGCUGAAACGAGGGAGGAAGCGAGUGGUUGCCACGCGCACGUCAAAGAGGCAGAGGGUGGUGGAUAGCAACAACAAGGCGGCCAACGAACCAGACGACCCUGACAAUGCUGAGCGUGGGGGAACGGCCCCUGUGCACAACGGCAGCGGCGGGUGUGCUCGGCACAACGAAGCCGAGGAGGGUGUGGAAUACUCUGUUGCACAUGAGAAGUUGGCAGACCAUCCUGCAUAG